AAAGAAUCGAUAGUGCUAAACAAAAUGGCAAUGAGGUUCUCAUCAGUCUCCAAAAUUGUGCUUCUCUUUGCAGCUACGUUGCUUUUGGUCCACGCAAGUGCUCGCACUUUGCAGCAAACACAGAAUUUGCCUCUCCAUGGAGGAGCUACUGCUACUACCAAAGCUGAGUCUCCUAUGGUCAAUGCCCCUCUUGAGGACCAGAAGAAUUUCAUCUACGGGGGUGGAAUUGGUGGUGUUGCCGGAGUUGGUGGAUUCAUGGGGAUGCCAGGUGGUGGCUCUGGCAUGACACUGCCACUCCCGAGUGGGACGCCGCUUCUUGGUGGGGCUGGUGGGCUUGGUGGUUUGGGUGGUGCAAUGGGGUUCCCUGGUGGACUCGGUGGUGGACCUAGCGGUGGUGGUGUUCCAAGCUCAAGCGGUGGUUCUCCUUAAAAAAGAUCAUGAUUAUUGGUCCCUCUGUAGCUUCAAGAUGUUUAGGAAGUAACGUUUCGUUUCCUUGUGUUUUAGUUUGAAAUCCUUGAUGUCGUUUCUGUGUUUCUCUUCUCGUCUUUUGGUUGUCUUUUUCGUCAUCAGUUUAUGGUUUGAUGUUGUGUUUGUGGUUCCUUGUUCGUGAUUUCUUUAAUUAAUAAAAUUCGUUUUUGUUU